AUGUCGACACUGCAUUACUUUCUCUCUUUCUUGGUUUCAUUUUCGAGCACUCUGAUCCCAAUUAUUUGCCAUGAAUUUGAUCACCUACAGCCCAACAAUCAUGUUGCCUUUUUCAUCUUUGGAGAUUCACUCUUUGAUGCUGGAAUGAAUAACUACAUCAACACCACUACCGAUUAUCAAGCAAAUUUCUGGCCUUACGGUGAAACUUUCUUCAACUACCCUACCGGAAGGUUUUCCAACGGGCGUUUAAUGCCGGAUUUUAUAGCUGAGUAUGCAAAGUUACCAUUGAUUCCAACAUAUUUACCAUACAACAAUCAGCCAUUUGUUUAUGGGGUCAACUUUGCAUCCGGGGGAGCUGGCGCUCUCGUUGAAACUCAUCAAGGAUAUGUUGUAGACCUUGAAACUCAGCUGAGUUAUUUCAAUAUUGUGGAGAAGAAGUUGAAGCAGAAACUAGGUGACGCAGAAGCCAAUACUGUGCUAUCCAAAUCUGUUUACUUGUUUAGUGUUGGAGGCAAUGACUACAUCGUCCUUUUCAACUCAAACUCAACUUACAAAUCUGUGCUUCAAUCCUACAAGUCUAGGAAAGAAUAUGUAGGAAUGGUGAUUGGCAACCUCACAAGCACGAUCAAAGAAAUAUAUAAGAAAGGAGGAAGAAAAUUUGCGUUUGCGAAUUUGCUGCCUUUAGGUUGUCUUCCAGGAGUGAAAAUACUUGUACCAGGGAACUCAGGAUCCUGCCUGGAGGCUGCUUCAGAGAUGGCAAGAUUACACAACAAAGAACUUCAUAAAGCUCUCCAGGAGCUGGAGAGACAACUAGAAGAAUUCAAAUACGCGAAUCACGAUUUGUACAGUUCUUUAGGUGAAAUAAUCGACAGCCCUUCAAGAUAUGGUUUUAAGGAGGCUACAGCAUGUUGUGGAAUUGGUCCUGGAAGAGGAAACAAUACCUGUGGGGGAAAGGGAGCAAAUAAAGAGUAUCAAUUAUGUAAGGAUCCUGGUGAAUAUUUGUUCUUUGACGCUGGUCAUCCCUCAGAGAAGGCCUAUCGACAGAUUGCAGAAUUAAUGUGGAGUGGAACCCCAAGUGUGACAGGGCCUUAUAAUCUUAAGAAACUGUUCGACAAUGGGAGCAGCACUGAUCAAUUGAUGUAUAUAGUUUCUUCAAUGAAUUCCAAUAUGAUAAGAUUAAGCUUCCUUACCUGUUUCUUGGUUCUGUGCUCAAGUCUUCUAAUCCCAGGCCAAAGUCACCGGUCGUUGCCCAAAAAACAUGUUGCAUUAUUCAUUUUUGGGGACUCACAGUUUGAUGCCGGGAAUAAUAACUAUAUCAACACCACAACUGAAUUUAAGGCAAAUUUUUAUCCAUAUGGUGAAAGCUUCUUCACACACCCAACUGGAAGACCUUCAGAUGGGCGUUUAGUUCCAGAUUUUAUUGCUGAGCAUGCCAAGUUACCUUUAAUUUCCACAUUUUUGCCUUCCUACAACGAUAACUUUAUUUAUGGGGUGAACUUUGCAUCUGGGGGAGCUGGUGCUCUAGUUGAAACUUAUCAAGGAUUUGCGAUAGACCUUAAAACUCAGGUAAGUUAUUUCAAGAUUGUGGAGAACCAGUUGAAGCCAAAACUAGGUGAUGCAGGAACCAAAAAAUUGUUAUCAGAAGCUGUGUACUUGUUUAACAUCGGAAGCAAUGACUACUUUUUUCUUCUGUCGACAAACUCAAGUGUGCUUCAAUCUUACAAUGCUACACAGGAAUAUAUAGGGAUGGUGAUUGGCAACCUGACAACUGCAAUCAAAGAAAUUUAUAAGAUGGGAGGAAGGAAAUUUGGGUUGGUAGGUUUGGGGGUUUUAGGUUGUGCACCAUCCUUGAGAGCGCUUGUACCAGGAAGCUCAGGAUCCUGCCUGGAAAUUGCAUCAGAUUUAGCAAAACUACACAACAUAAAACUCUAUAAAGUCCUGCAGGAGCUAGAGAGUCAACUACCAGGAUUCAAAUAUGCAAUUCACGAUUUAUACAACACUGGUAUUGAAGUUAUAAACAUCCCUUCAAGAUAUGGCUUCAAGGAGGUCGUGACGGCGUGCUGUGGAAGUGGUCCAUACAGAGGAAUAUUGAACUGUGGGGGGAUGACAGAGAUAAAAGAGUAUGAGUUAUGUGAUAAUCCAAAUGAAUAUCUGUUCUUUGACGCUGUUCAUCCCUCUGAAAAGGGAUACAAGAAAAUUGCAGAGCUUAUGUGGAGUGGAACCCCAAAUGUCACAGGGCCUUACAAUCUGAAGAAACUAUUCGAACAUUGCUGA